AUGUCGUCUGACAUCGGCAUCAAACUUCGCUUCAGUGAAAAAGUGUCAACCCUGUCACCUAUUAAAGAUGAUGAAGUUAUGAAGCAGCUUUUACGAGAAACACCCCAGGGAUUGAUCAAGUUUCAAAUGUAUUCCAAGAAAGAUGAGCAGCGCUUCACUGACCGUCGUUUGAACAGAGUCAAGAACAAAAACGCCAUUCCGCUUGGGCCAUGGGCACACACUGUUAUAGAGGAUCCAAGGAUUCAAAAUUUCAUGAUGAUAUUGAUCAUCACUAAUUCUAUUGUUCUUGGGGUCCAAGCUGAAAUCUCUAAAGUUGAUGAACCCUCUCUUCAUGGACUGAAACUCACUCUACAAAUUUUUGAUUACUGUACACUGACCAUAUUUGUGUUUGAGAUAAUUCUUAAAUGGAUUGAUGGGUUCUGGACUUUCUGGAAUAAUGGCUGGAACAUCUUUGACUUUGUUGUCACUGUUAUGUCAUUUGUGCCAGAGAUUAUUGAGCUUUCAUCAGGGAAAAACACAGCCGAACUUGGAGUCAUUGCUGAAAAUUUGAGAGUGUUCAGAAUCUUACGAUCACUGAAGAUGGUUUCAAGAUUUGCUCAGCUUAGGAUCAUUGUGCUGACAAUUCUCAAAGCAUUCAAGUCAAUGGCAUUCAUUUUGAUCUUGCUGAUGACAUUCAUGUACAUUUUUGCUGUGGCUGGAACUGUCAUGUUUUCUUCCUACUCCAAAUCCAAAAGAACUGACCUCAAGUAUAAGCAGAGCUUCAGGUAA